AUGUUGUCUGCAGGCCCACCACACGUCCUCAGCCAAAUCUAUCUAUAUUACUACAUAGUCCAACAACGUCGCCAAUUCACCAUCACCAACCUUUUUUUCCCCCUCACAUUUUCACUUCUUGUUCAGACGUACUACAGUAAACUCCUGGCCGCCAUGGAAUCUCCGCAACUCGCAAGCAACACUACCACAGACUCUAUUUCAUCCCAACUCUACGGGACCCAUAUAAAAACCCCUGCCAACCUGGCAAUGGUCUUUAAGGGAGCCACAUCCACUGUGUACCUGGCGCUUUAUUCCGAACAUCAAUUCAUUCAGCUUUCAAUUUCGUUGGCGACGGCGUCCGCCGAGCUGCCUUUGCUAGUUUUGCGUCGUGUUGAAGACUCCUACAUUAACAUCUCUCAGAUGCUCCAUGUUUUGGUUGUGCUCAACUACUUCUCUGUCGAACAAGUCCGUGCGUUCAUCAAUAAUGAGGUUAUCUCCAACCCCCAAUAUUUACCUGUUCAGAAUGGCCUGAUUGCACCGCUUUACACCGACUUGAGCCUUGAAAAACUUCCAGAGGUGCGAGGUGUUUGGGUUCCCUACGACAAGGCUGUGAGUAUUGCUGUUAAAUUCGACUUGUACAAGCUUUUGCGUAAAUUAUUUUUGGUCGAUGUACAUGACUACGACAAGUUGCCCAAAUUUGAUACUGCUUCUGCAUCAUCUCCUCGAGUAACAGCAAAACGCUCCCCGGAAAAUGCACCUGAAGAGUCACCAACGAAGAAACGUAAGCCAUCGCUGGCAAUGCUGCCCCCGGUAUCAGUCAAGCCUCUGACGCACGCCAUGCUCGAAGCUGCACUUGCAUCAAAUCCGAACAGUCCCUCGUUAAUACCGCCGGUCGUGCCUGAUGACAACAAUCGUGAAAUCGUUUCAAAAGUCAAGGCACAGUUUAGCGAAAUAUUCAAAUCCGAUGGUAAGGGCUCUUUUCUGUAUACUUUGGAGGAAAUAUCGACUCGUUUUGCUCCGAUCUUCGAAAAGUGUACCGCUGCCAACAUCAAUUCUCUUUCGGUUCUCGACAUUCCACUUGACCUGAUGGGGCGUACCGCUCUCCAUUAUGCUGCGACUUUGGCUUCUGCCAAUCUUGUUAGCAGUUUCAUUGAGCUCAAAUUAUGCUCCCCUGUACGUGGCGAUAACAAUGGCGAGUCCGCUCUUGUGGCAUCGAUUCAAGUCACAAACUCUAUGGAAAAGGGAAACUUCUCGACUAUGCUCAACGAUUGGUUAUGGCCGUGUUUGUGGUUGUUUGACAACAAGCACCAAUCGAUUCUCCAUCAUUUGAUCUUGGUCGGGGUCAAUAACUUCAAAAGCGCAAAAUUUUACCUCAGCAAAAUUCUAGAGUGGGUUAUUUCAAAUGCCGAUAAAACAAAAAAUCUCUUCAGUCUUUGUGAGAAAGUAAUCAACGCGAAAGAAAAUCAAGAUGGCAGCACUGCUCUUCAUUGGGCUGGUAACAAUGAAAUGAAGUGGUUUGUGUUUCUCUUACUUGAACUCAAUGCUGACCCAGAGGUACCUAACAAGCUCGGUGUGAAGCCGAUCGAUUUUGAUUGUGUCAAACAGGUAUCAGCGAUCAGGAGCAAGUACAAGCAGAAUCUGAGCUCUAGUCAGGCAACUAAAUUGCUUCUUGAGGAAUUGGAUGCUGAUGAUGAUUCCGAUGAAUUCUUACUUCUGCUAGUUCAAACCGGUGUCGAGUUUUUGGCAAAACUGAGUCCGUUCCGUUCUGUGGGUGUUUUGGAAGAAAUACCAGAGAGCGCGUCGAAUGACAACACUAAGCAAGAACUCAAUUCUUCUGCUUCGCACUCUUCUAAAAUCUCCAACUCCAUUCAGGAACUUCUAGCCUCUACUAAUCAAGAGUUCGAAAAAGUGAUCAAUGCGAAAAAGGCCGAGAUUAACAAUUUAAACAAUGAGCUCCGUGAUGCCACUAUUCUCACUGCCAAUAAUCGCUUCGUGAUUAAGAAAGUGGCGGAAAAAAUCAACUCAAUUGACUCCCUCAAAUUGCAACUCGCGAACGUCAAUGAAAAGCUACAAAUGUUGAAUUCAGAAGGUGCUAAUGGAGAUAAUCAGAUCAGCACGCAAGAGGAUGGCAAGGAAGUGGAAGUAUUUGAUGCAGAUGCUCCAUUUAUAAUCCAGCCCAUCUAUGAGAAGUUGAUGAAUAAUGAGACCGUUGAAGCCACUCCAGAAUUACUAGAGUCUCUCCCCUCAGUAAACACUUUGAAAGCACAACUAGCUGCUUACGAGGAACUUAAUUCUAACCUAGAAAAGGAAGCUGAGUGUCUUUUAGACUACAGCGCCUUGACAUCUAAAUUUAAGAAGGUUGUCAGUUUCUGCACAGGAGUCAAUGUGGAGGAAGUUGAUGAUUUGUUAGAUGGUUUGUUAGAGGCUGUGGAAGGGCAGCAAUGA